UGUUGCCAUCUGGCCUUCCUGGUAACUUUUGUAAUUGUUCCGUGUAGUACUCCCGAUGUUUAUGUGCAUUUUUUUUGUUGUGCUCCUGUGCUGGUGCACGAGUGAAUGAGAGCGCCCAAUCGGAUUCCAAGUUGAGUGCGACCCGAAACGAGGAAGUAGUUGGCAACGUCAACUACAGUGUUUUUACAUACAGUCAGGCGUCGGAAGAGCGCCGUACUAUAUGCAACGUGUAUUCGCGGAGUCCCGGAGUGUGUCGUUAGUAAAAUGGGAAAAUUCACAGUACAUUUAAAGUAAUGUUGUGUCGCCGUUAUUAUUUAGUGCAGCGCGAGUUUCCAAACUGUAAGGUCGAGUCCUUCCAGGUUCCGAUUGCUUGUCACGGCGAGUCUUCUUUACCGAAAGCUGUCAGGUCAGAUCAAAUUGGGUAGCUUGUGCCACCGCAACGCGGGCGUUUUUCGAGGGCUAUCUCGGUAGUUACACAACAGGCGUUGAAUCGAGCAGUAUAUCAGUGCAUCGUUCCGUGGAUGCAUCCACCGAAACACUAGCAAAAGUAAAACUCAAUAACAAACAAUAACAAUUAUGGUUCCGAAUUAUUCCCGGGGAAGCACCGUGUAAAGUUGAAGUGCAUAGUAAUAAGAUUCUUCGGUGGAAACAGUGACCGAGUUGAGUGACUUACAAAAAUACCGCAAAGGUGGAUGAAGAUUUCAGUGAUCGAAACUCGAAGUUCACCGUAGAAAGUGCCGGUCUUUAUUUGCCCGUAUACCAUGUUCUUCGGUCUGUGUUGUGUCUGAGUCCGUGUAUUAUAUAAUUGUCAUCGAUCUGAAUGUGCAUCUUGUGGCAGUCUUCACAUCCCAAGUGACAAGUUUGACUAGCCGAUUGAUCACAGCCAUAAAUUAAUACUGUGUCAGAAAUACUAUGAAGUGUUGAUAAGGUUCAUAAGGUGUUAAGGUUACAGAAGAAGUGUUGAUAGAAGGAAGUGACCCAAUCACAACUGGUGAAUUCUGUUGAAAGCCGCAUUCAGUGUGUGUGUGUGUUAGUGAUUUAUGAUAAUUGUGAAAAAUCAAAACGAAAAUAAGCCCCCGCAAGAGCCGCCGAAAAGGCAUCCCAUUGAAUAAGGGAUCCGCGGAAGCUCAUGAAGAAUCAGCCGCGGGAAUCACAUCGUCAGCCAGAGCAACCGACGAUCCCGAACAUCAGAGUGACAACAUCUCCACAACUGACAGUGCAAAAGGCAAUGGCCAUUGUCAACUAAACUCAUCAAGCACUGUGAAACUCUUUCUCCAAGUGCUACGCAACAUGUCCUCGCCGGCAGCUAUACCGCUAUACUCCAGUCGCUAUCCGACAUCGAACGGCUAUCCCCCAAUCAACGGGGAAUCGGCUGAACCGCUCGAUUUUCGUAAGGUCGAAUCGCUUCGCAGGAACAGCACUGACACUGGAACAAUGGACCAGCAAUAUUGUCUACGCUGGAAUAACCACCAAUCCAAUUUGACAACCGUGCUCACAACCCUGCUGCAAGAUGAGAAACUGUGUGAUGUCACUCUGGCCUGCGAUAAAGGAAUCGUCAAAGCACAUCAAGCGAUACUGUCAGCGUGCAGUCCGUACUUCGAGCAGAUCUUCGUCGAGAACAAACACCCGCAUCCAAUCAUUUACCUGCGUGACGUCGAAGUCAGUGAGAUGCGCGCCCUGCUGGACUUUAUGUACCAGGGUGAGGUGAACGUUGGCCAGCACAACCUGCAGAAUUUUCUCAAAACGGCAGAGAGCUUGAAAGUACGAGGCCUCACAGAAAGCAGUGCCGAUCGAUACUCGUCCGAUUCCGAUCGAAACCGACCGGAGCGACCGCGGGGUGAUUCCCGCGAUGGCCCUGACUCGAUACCUCCUGCAAGUGUCAACAACAAUACCAUCAGCAGUAACAACAACAAUACUCUACACCAUCCCUCGCUUCGGGACAAAGAGAUGCGCGAGCGGGAGGAACUCCGGGACCGGGAGAGGCGAGAGGCCCAGCGCGAACACCAGCGGGAACGGGAACGGGAACAGCAAGUCCGGGAGCAGCAACGCAGUGCCAGUGUCGAUCUGCUAACGCCUAUGGGUGAAGAUCGUCUCUAUUCACCGUCAGACGAUCGAGAAAUGACAGUAGACAGUAAGAAAAAAAGAAAAAUUUCCAACAUCUGUGAUAAUUCCUUGCCCUCGACACCGAGCCUAAUUAACGAUCGGCAAGGCGGAUACGAAUCGCAGGCGUCAUCACACAGUAGUUUCAAGCUAAGUCCAAAGCCAGAAGAUGAGUUCAAAGGCAGCUCACCGGCUCCGGUGCACUCGCUCGCCGGCCAUCCGAUCAUUCAGUCUAGUAUAAAGCAGGAGUUGCCGGAACUACCUGGUCGCCAUCACUCGCUACCUCCAGAGCUGCUACAGCCUCUAAAGAUGCCAAUGUACGCGGAGGAGAUGUCUAGCUUGUUGACACCCUCCAGUCCGGGGAACGAUCACCCACCACCACACUCAUCACACCCGCAUCUGAACCAUAUCCGUUACAAGUCGAAGCAUCCCAUGCCAAUGAACCUGAACUCGGAGGAUAUGAGCAACAUGCUAACGCCGAGCAACAUGCCCCCGAUGAGCGAUUCGGGUGAUAACGAGAGUCACCUUUCGCAUCCGGAUCAUCCCGACAACAUCGAUGGCUCCAAGGCCUGGCAUAUGCGGCUGACUUUCGAACGUCUGUCGGGCGGCUGUAAUCUCCAUCGCUGCAAACUCUGCGGUAAAGUUGUGACGCACAUACGCAACCACUACCACGUGCACUUUCCGGGCCGCUUCGAAUGUCCGCUCUGUCGGGCCACGUACACGAGAAGUGAUAACCUGCGAACGCACUGCAAAUUCAAACACCCGAUGUUCAAUCCGGACACGCGCAAGUUCGAGAACAUGAUGUCCCCGUUGAUGGCCUCGCAGGCGGCCGCGGCGGCAGCUGCCAUCUCGGCAGCCGCGGCUGCAGCCAACAGUUUCAAGUCAGACUUCUCGGCCGCUGCCGCCGUUGCCAACACUUUUAAAUCCGAGCUGAAUGCAGCAGCGGCAGCGGCGGCUGCUAGCGCGAACUACUCGAUGAACCCGUUUAAAUCCGAUUUCCCCAUUCCGAAUGCAACGGCUGCUGCGGCCGCGGCAGCAGUAGCAUCCUCUGCCUCUACUACCUCGUCAUCGCCCGGUUUGAACUCACAAAGUGGAACAACGGACUGAUAUAGAAGAUAUCACUGGCCCUCGCCGUACGGCCAUUCUCGUACUAACGAAGGCAGUAGUAGCCUUGUCGACUAUGGCUACUACCCUCAACCGCAGCAACAUCACAAAGCACAAUCCAGCAGGCGCCACAUUAGAAACAGCAUUCAGAAUACUAGCGAUAGCACCGUAGAAAUAGAUAGUUCCUCGACGGUAGUCACCAAUAGCAUUCAUGGCAACCAGUAUACCAACAACAUGGUAGCAACAACCGAUGUACCUGUUAGCGAGCGGACGACCGUCGUCCGACCAUCCUCCAGCAUGAUAGCGUCUAGCUUUUCACCGUCAUACCUGGAAACUCUUCGUGAUGCAGAUCCUACUUACAGCGGCAACUGGAAGAAUCUCGGAAACGGGCCCAGCCUAUACGGUAGACGCAGCAGUAGCGUUGGGAGCCUGUACACUGAUAGUAACGUUAGUGGCGUGACCGGUUUCUACGGUCGGGACGAUCACUGUCCGGAAAAACUUGUCGGUCAUAUUGAUGGAAGUUGUUCGGAACCGAUGGCUCGUCCACAGCGCCGGCCAACUCCACUGCAACCCGCUCCGUCACCUGGAGUGGCGCAGCGGGAAGAGUUACGAUAGCUUACGACUUACGAUCGUUCAAAUCUGCCGGCCGUCUAGUGUUGAAAGUUCUGACCUUUUUCCCCUGCAGAAAAAUCAAUGAUACAGCCCCACAAAUGAUUACAACAUACGUUAAUUUUUUCAACAGAGGCCUUGCUUGUUUUGUAUAUUUACUUAAGUUUAUUACCUUGUUUAUCUUUUAGAUAGAUUUUAUAAUGACGCCAAUCAAACCUAUUAUUUAUGUGUUAUUUUAUAUCCAAUCAGUCGAAAAAAUUUUGAUAUCGUUUACCCACAUGCAACUAUGCGGAGCGCAAUUCAGCGAAACCCAAUUCGUUAUGAUCGUACCAGAAUAGCCCCAUUGGUGACACUAAAUUCAAAACUGUGCCACACUGUGUAGCCGAGCUUCCGGAUUUCGGACGUAAGCCGGCCCCCAAACAAACCCCGAUUCUCGGAAAUUCACAAUGCGUUUUUCAACCACAAUAUGUGUCCUACCACAAUAUUACCAGGAAAGCUCUGAACUAGUUCUAGGUCCGCAUUGAUGUUACUCUGACCUGCUGCAGUUUACUCAAUUGUACACACACACAUAUUCUAAAAGCCGUAGCAUAACCACCACCACCAACAACAACAAAGCAGCCACUAAAAUAAGCAUAUUAUCAGUAGCGAACCCACCUAUUAACGAAAAACCCUAGUGUUGGACAAAAAAAAACUCUGUUUUGGGUAGAAACCUUCCACCAGUAGUAGGCCAUAUCAGUUUUUGGAACGACCUGUCCUCGACGCAAAUGAUGUUGCUAACCACCAAUAAAUCCAAUAUUGAAACUAGAGACUGUAGAUCGUAGACAAACGACAGAGCUUAGUAACUGUCUAUCGCUAACCGCUAGGCACAAUUCAUAUCGGUUCGUUGCGUUGCCAUUCAUCGUUCAGAAAUGUUCCGCCAUUUUAGAUCGCAGCAGCCCGGAACAGUGUUUGCUUGGGUGGGCUGAAAUAUCCGCACCGAUAAAGCAUUCGAUUUUGGAUGCUGAGCGAAUGAAAAAAGUCUAAGUAACCUACGAACCAACUACUACUACUACUACCGCUAUAUCUACUACUACUUACUACAAUCUACGUUUCCAUCUUGUUUUCGCUUGCUGUAAGUUUCGCUAGAAAACGGUAGAGCUUCCUAGAGUUACCUAGCAGCUGCUGUCUCUUUCGUUCUCUCUCUGUAUCGUUUGUUGUUCGCGGUCUAAGACGACCUCAUAUUUAAUCUUAGGAAGCAAGCGAUGUAACAAAGUCCACAUACCGACACACAUCCAAGCAAGCUGCGAAAACAGGGUCAUAAGCAAAAACCAUAGCUACGAACGGAUAGCAACGGGGAGAAGGAGUACCCUGUGUAUUCCGACAAACGUAAGGCGAGAUAAGCAUGUACUCACAACAACAUUUAGAGGUUAGAGAACAAAUCUAGAUGAAUUUUAGUUGUUCUAUUUCGGGGUAUAUGAGGUGAGGAACGAAUAAUUAUGCUCAACAUUUAGUCCUGGUUUUCGAAAAAAAAAGAAAUUGCAAUUUUAUUCGCGGCUGCGUACGUGUAAACGGUGUCAUAGUUUUUUUUAGAUUGAAUUGGAAAUGUAACCCGAUUAAGUCAGUCAGUAAAACCAACAACAACUAUAUAAACACCUUCGGCAACAACUCGUCGGGGUAAAACGCGGGCAUAUUACUAAUUAAAUUAGUCAAAUGAUUUGACAAAACAAGUGUAAGUAAAAGUAGGAAACGUAACGUAAAUGUAAUAAUUUAUUUAUUAUUUAUAGUUACACAAAUAAUUCAAUUCUAGGCUAAUUAAAGAACGUUGUUUUUGUUUCAUUUCAAACGAUUUUUUCGCCAAAAGUUAGCUGUUUAUUUACAUUCAAGAAUGCGAGAAAUUUAAUAAAACUAAUGAACCUAAGUUUAGCAGCUGAGAAAGAAAAAAAACAUACACACACAAGCGUAAACAUGCGUAAAAGUAAUAUAUUUAUAUUUAUAAUGGUAAAUAAAUAUGGAAAAGCAAAUAUUUAUAAAAAAUAGGAAAAAAUAUUUACCGCAACUGAGCUAAGGAGGAAUAAUAAAAAAAAUCAAAGAGAAAUGAUAAAGGAACAAAUACACAAUGUUUGUAAAUAAGUUACAUACGAACAGCAAAAAAAUGUCAAGCUAGCAAAAUACAUGAAAUACAUUCUACUGCCGCCCGGAAAACAGAAAAAAACACAAACAAAUGAAACAACGGAGCCAUUCCUCGUUGCUAUAAAACCAUUAAAGUAAACAAACGCAAACAAAACGAAACACGAAAUAGAACAGAAACCAGUCACGAAAGGCCAGCUUAGACGCAAACGAAAGGCAUUUACAUCUACAUACUCAAAACCUAGACAUUACUAGACACUGUAACAAACAUUCAAUUAUUAAGCGUUAACGUGUAAAGAAUACUUGUAAAACAGACAACCUGAUUAUUUUUACUAACAACGUGCAAUAUGAUAUAAUUACCAUUUUUUAGCUUACUUUUAAAAGCGUAAACCGUUGUGUUUAAACAUAUUUGUUAAGUUUGUUUAAGUUUUUUACUUGUUUAAGAGACACGGCACUCUUGAAUUACUCUUACCUUGUCCACAAUCGAGACAGGCAACAUGAAGAGAGUGGAAGAAAAACCUAAAUUUGUGUGAAUACUACCUCAUUUAAACGGCUGUAACAUUGUGCUAUUGUACAUAGUUAUUCCUAUUAGGUUUAUACAAUGUUUGUUCUUCAUUUAUCUUAUUAUCAUUCUUUUUUUUUGUUUUAUAAUUUUCUUUUCUUUUUGUUUGAAUGUUAGAACUAUUUGUUGUUGCGUUUAGUCCGCCCGCGCUCAUCAAGCAUAAAGCAAAACAACACCGCCUCCAGUAACCCCAAACCCGCAUCUCCCCACCCACACCCACAAACCGGUGUUGGCAUAGAUAAGCUAGUAGUGUUAAAGUACACACCAAUAGAGAGCAGUUCUCGCGGAGAGACACCGCGAAGCAGAGAUGAUGCAUAUGAUUGGCAGUAAAAUGUAUUUCAUUACCAUUCGAUCAGAACAGAAACCCACAAAUACGCAAAAACAGACACACACACACACACACAUAUAUAUAGAAUGGAAAACAACAGAUGGAUAAACACAAGAGAAGAAAAGACACAUACAUAUGUAUACAGCAAGCACGAACGCGAUGCAAGAAAGGCCAGUGAACAGCAAUGAAAUAAGUUUUUUUUGUGUAGGUUCUUAAACUGAAUAAUGUUGCAGAUUUUCAAUCAGUCAGUCGCACGAUUUUGAUUUUGUUUUCGAUUAUUAAGCAUUGAUGUGGUGUUGUUGCGAUUUUCGGAACGUUGUUCAAGUUGUCGCACUCUCUCGGCAACGGAUGUUUUUUGGGUCGAGAUUUCUUUGGACUAGUUGUAUUAUUCUCACUGGCUUUGGGAAAAAAAAUCUGGUUUCUCUUUGUCUGAAUUAGUUUUGUGGGGAACAAGAUAUGUUUGGAUUAAGAACCUGAGGCUACCGAAUCUAACAUCAAAGCAAAUAUAUUGGUAUGACAAGCAUUUCGACAUCAUAAUAUAAGGCCUUUAUAUACAUAUAUAGGGUUGGGGAAAAAGAAAUGUCGUAUUUCUGAUCGAAAUUUACCUCUUUAUUUAACAUACUUAAAAUUAUCCAAUUUAGGUCAAAUAUGCGCCGUUUUGUUCGCAAACUUGUUGCCAUUUAGAAGAAAACUUCAUUAUCACCCCCCCCCCCCUUAUAACCACCCCCCUCCUCCUUAUUUGCAAAAAACUCAGAUAGCCAGUUUUCGCAAGCCUCUUUUGAGGCCAACUUAGUAUCACCAAGAGCGUUGUGCAUGGACCGGAAGAGAUGAUAAUCACUUGGAGGCAGGUCCGGACUAUACGGUGGGUGCAAUAGAACAUCCCAUCCGAGCUCCCGUAGCUUCUGGCGGGUCAUCAAAGAUGUGUGAGGCCGAGCGUUGUCCUGGUGGAAAACAACACCAUUCCUAUUGAUCAUUUCUGGCCGCUUCUGGUCAAUUGCCUGUUUCAAACGGUCAAGCUGCUCACAGUAGAGAACCGAGUUGAGGGGCUGGCCAUAGUUGAGCAGCUCAUAGUGGAUGAUUCCCUUCCAAUCCCACCAAACACACAGCAAAACCCCUGGCCGUCAAUCCGGGCUUGGCGAUGGUUUGGGCCGGCUCACCGCGCUUCGACCACGACUUUUUUCGAUUUAAGUUGUCGUACGUGAUUCACUUUUCAUCACCAGUCACCAUCUUCUUCAAAAAUGGGUCGAGUUCGUUCCGUUUCAGGAGAGCAUCGCAGGCGUUGAUUCGGUCUAAAACAUUUUUUUGCGUCAACUCGUGUGACACCCAUACAUCCAGCUUUUUUUGGAAUCCAAUCUUCUGCAAAUGGUUCCGAACGGUUUUAUGGUCUAUACCCAGUUCCUGGCCAAUCGAGCUAGUGCUCACAUGCCGGUCUACUUGGAUGAUUGCAACGAUUUUAUCGGUUUCCACGACGAUUGGCCUACCAGUACGGGUUGUAUCUUCGACAGCCACUACAUUAGAACGAAAUCGAUCAAACCAACGCUGUGCUGUGCGAAUCGUUACAGUAUCGGGUUCAUAAACUACACGAUUUUUGUCGGCUGCUUUCGUUGCAGUUUUACCUCGCAGGUAGUAAAAACGUAAAAUAUGGCGAAUUUCUUGCUUGGUGGACUCCAUCUUUGACGCGCUAUAAUUUGAGACUGAAAAGGACAAUCACAACACUGUCAAAACGACACUUGUUGCACAGAUACGAAUCGCCCCGACAAAUUAUUGCAGACCUGCGUAAAAAAAAUGUGAAAGCGAUUGGGUUCAUUUUUUAAUUUUUCUUCAUUCCCAUAGCUCAUAGUUGACCAAGUCGACCAACAACUUUUUUGAUCAGCUGACCUAGUGUUCCUCAUUACUACACUUUUAGAAAAAAAUGGUAAAUAUUACCAAUUGUUAGCCGGAUAAAUGAUUAUACCCUGAACAUGUUUGACCACGAUUGAAAAUAAUUUACCCUUAUGCAUUUACCUGUAUGUAUUUUUGUUGCUAUCCGCAAAAUUAUCAAUACCGUGUACCAAUCGUUGGUAGGGAUGUGUAUUGCAUCUGCCAUUUCAACAAAUUUACACAAACUGCAUUCGGGUCUGCUAAUGUGAUAGAGAGUAAAUAACUUCACGAAUACAGAUGAUUUAGUUUGACUAUGUCUCGCGUCAAGGCAAUGUUGCCAUUUUUGCAUGCGUCGAUUGUGUUUGAAUGUAUUGAUACCGAACUUGUUCGGUAUCGAAACAGGUCGGGUUCCUUUAUCUUUCAUAAGACAUUCGACAUAAUGUAAUAGCCGCUUUUUCAAGAGCUCUGUUUGUCUUUUUAGAGGUUAAAUUUUCCUCCUUCAGAAUGCCCAUAUAAACAUCAAUAUCUACAUUAGCACCGACUUCGUUAUGCUGGAUGCAUUUAAAUAUGUAUUUGCCAUACAAUAGUAAUGGCGGAAAUGUGUCCAAGAAAAAGUCUUUCAAUUAUACACCGGGUUCUCAUUAGCCGUUACCGGAAUUAAGGUCUGGCAACAUCGCGGAAUGCUUACUCGACGUAGUGUGCCCGGAAGCAACACCCUUCCUUCUGUAACACUGGUCAUCAGUCUCAGUCUCCCUCACCUCCAACGGUAAGGUAAGCCCUACCAGCAACUGAGGUACUGCGUUAUGAUAUCCGGAUAGUAAAAGGUCGCUUGGGUUCUUGUAAUUAUCUACGAGUUCAUUGAUUCAAAACAUCUGACACGUAAGAGCUUGAUUCCUCACAGUACGGACAUCGUUCAGUUGCCUGGAACUUUCCAACGGAGUGCUAGACACCUCUAGCUAGAGCUGUUUCGAAUCGGCUUCUAUCCUGAAGACAUUAUUCAUGCAGAUUAGUCACAAUGGUGCCGAUAGUCCGCAAGUUUCGAUCUCGCUAAGGCUAAGCCAAGCCGCCUAGUGAGUGUAAUGGACGAGCCAUAGUCCAAAAAAGUUUUCACCGUUUUUUUCGGUCCGCAGAGUGUCACCGGAAUGAUACAGAAAAGUAACGAUUGGUUCUGCAUAUAAUGUGCAUAAUUAUUAGCAGUUUCGAUAUUUUUUUGUAAUCUAUUGACUGUUAACACUUUUCGACUGAUUUGCCACUCAGACCAUUUCUUUACUGCCAUUCCGAGGAAAGAAUGUCGGGAGUGGGAAUUGUACUCGUGACUACUAGCCUUUACCAUUACGCCAGAUCACCUCAUCCAGUUUCAAUAGAGAAAAAUGUCGCAGUCCCACACCCGAUGUCAUUGAAUCUUACAGACGCAACAUUAGCCUCUGGAUGGUCAAUAAUUGUGUCGAUCGAUCCUCUGCUCAUCACCAUUGACUUCGGAAUGCUGGCUCCUCUGCGAAACUCUCUAGUAUGCUGGAUUAUCUUGCUAGUCGAUCCGCCAUGCUCACGUCAUAAAAUCCCCGAAAUACUAUAGGUUUUCCUCGGGAUACCGUUGCAUGAAAUUUGGCUACCCCAUUUUCAAAUGUGCGGGAAACUUUACCUCACUUCCCUCCCGCAGGGACACGUUCUUCAGAUGAGUCUUUUAAUCAACUGCCUCCAAACUCGAUGAGUGUUUUGAGACGUUCCACAUUUUUUUUAUCGCACUUAAUCCGACAACAGAUUGAUCAGAAGUACCCAGGACAUAGCGAGACUGAAAAGUGUUGCCAACUUGUCGCACGAAUCCCGAGACGGUCAGUAACUGCCUCAUAUGCUGCGCCUUUCAGGUAUCAUUGUGUAGUCGGGUUAGAUUUUCAACUCUCACGCGGCGGAUGUAUUGAUCAAUGCACUGAAGAGUAUAAGCCAGUUCAUGGGGCUACCUGCGAAAGGCAAAUCAUGGGUGUAUUGGUCAAUUUGGAGGUGGAAGUACAAGUAUUGAUUAUGGAUUAUUGUUAUUAGAAAAUAUGUUGACUUGAGCAGAUUGAUUCAUCCCGUUCCACCCUGAAGGUGGAAACGAUCCUUGAUUAGCAGGGAUAUCCCCGAUAGGAUUAAGCUGGACUCAAAUAUUGUUGAGUGCUGGCUUACCUGGUGGUAGCACGGAGGGAUCAGGACGGAUACGGAUACCUACUGAUAUCGGCACUCAACCGUCAGAUUGAGAAUUCGGUAGUAGUAAGCUUUGGCCCCUUUGUAUCCAUGUCCGGUGUUCGUGAUAAUGUUUCAUCCGCAUCUCGAUUCACACAGGGCUCUUUCGCACUCAUGAUUUAAAAUUUUAAACACACUAAAUUCCUUCUUCACACAACUUUGUUUACGAUAAUUUUUUGUAUGCGAAUUUCUUGAAAUUACACGAUUUGGCACUGCCUAAUCGUCGCCUCGUUGAAAAGAGAAAUCCUGCGAGUGUGGCUGUGACGACUCAGCAAGCACAUUAAAUCGUUUAACUGCGCAUAUACAUUAUCAUAUAUCCUACAUUUUGGGUGAUGAUGCGCCUAACUAGCAUAUACAUGCAAAUUGGAGGCGAUAUACAGUAAUUUACAUUUAAUGCGACAUGCCGAGGCACCACUCAGUGUCGCAUUAGAGGCGAUUUUGUCCUGUAAUCGAACAUUGGCGAUGAGAGUGGUACAGUAUCGACGUCUGGUGAUGACUUUCAAUGUGAGGCCAUAAUUUGGGCCCCGAAAUCGAUGUUCGCAUUACAGGUCUGUCCAAUUAGCAAAAUGUCGCAUUGAAUGUAAAUUACUGUACAUACAUGGCAAAUGCUUACGAGUUGGUUUGGAUAAAUAAGCUAUUUAUACAAGCAUCUUAAACGACUACUGUCGUACGAAUAUACGAUUUUUUGCUAACAUAGAAAAAAACCAAUGCUGCAAAAUAUUUGAAAGGUUAUAAUUACAUUUAUAACCGAUACCGAUACGAUCGAUUUUUCGCAGUACUACAUUGAUUCAAAUUAUACGUUUAUGUGAUCCCCGAACUGCAUCUGCCUGAUAUGGAAAUAUGACGUCGAUUAGUUCAAAUUAACGAUAGUGUAUAUCAUGAAAGCGAUAUUCGUUAUACCUAAAUUCGUUAUACCUUAAUCAGUCCUGAUAAAUACAAUAAUUUUUUUCGCAUUUUAUCCGAUUUUAGAUACACACGAUGUAUGCUUCGAUCGCCAUUAUGUACGAUUGUGACUUGAUCCCUCUUUGUACACGACAUAAAGUAUGCCAAGUUAUACGAUUUAAUGUUUGCCUAUGACGGAGCAAUCUUUUUAUACGUGAUUCGCUGGAAAUUACCCUUUUUUGCGCCCACGCAUCAAUCGUGUGAAAAAAAUUAUCGCGUAACUUUCGAAAAGGCCCUGUCUGCAUUAUUCGAUUUUCUUCAUCAAUAUUCUCUUUCGUAAAUAACUCAGUGGAAAAGCAAUAUUCUGAGGUUUCCGACGAUCAGAAGUGUAGAAGGAGACCUCAUUUAUAAGACUAUGUGGCAAAGCUGGCGCAAAAUCUGUCUAUAAGACCGUGGUUAUUGAAAGAAAAAUUCAAUGAAGAGAAUCGAUCAAAACACAUAUGUCCUUUUCAAAAAUUACGCGAGAAUUUAGCGUAUGUGAUACGACGAACAAAGGAGAAAAUAUUUCCAAGGAGAAAUCUUUCUAUAAUAUUCUCAGCUUUUUCAGCUGUUAAAAUAAUUAAAUUUCUCCAACUCAUAGCUCCGUCAGGAUGAGGAUGAUCAGGAUAAACAUCUCUGAGAGCGUAUUCGAUACUGGUUCGAUGUAGAAAAUUUAUUAUCUAUUAAAUUUAGUUAAUUUAAAUAAUUUCGUUAGAAUACCGUGAAUAUACCCUUGGUCAACAUCUGCAUGGAGGAUCUCGGAAUAUUCGUUUGUUUUGACAUAUUCCGGAUUCUGAUUCACUUUGUGCUUAACCUUCUAGGUAUUGCAGGCCAACCAUGGAUGGCUCCGUGGACUAAUUGAUAUCCAUUCGUUUGUCUGUUUUCUAAUACAUUCAAGAACUUGUAUAAACACUAAUAAGUAAUAAUGUUUACCGAGUUUUAAUUCAGAAAACGCGCUAAUAUGCUCAUUGAAAAAUGUCGAUGAGGCUUUUCUACUUUGUUUGAGUGAUUCGUAUCGUAAUUAUGCAAACAAUUUUUAUGUAAACAAUCGUACGAAUAAUUUCGUGUAAGAUGCCAAAAUAUAGCUCGCCUGUAGUGUAUGUCAAACCAUAGCACAACAAUGAGAGAACAUUCAAUCCAAAGAUCGUUUGUCGGAUAACCACUCACAAUCAUCACUAUUUGCAUUACAGAUUUUCCCCGAGUGGUCACUACUUGUUUUCAAUGCAAUUUAAUUCAAAUACACUUUACUAUUUCGUUCACAGGAUUUUUUUAAAGGCUACCUUUAAUUUUUCUAAACAACCUUUAAAAAUAACCAACCAAAAAUGAGGCAUAAAGGGUGUGUCACAUCAAAUUUCAUCACGGAAAAAACGCUGUAGAAAUUCGCCCAGUAGACCGAUCCUUUUGAAAAUUUUAGACAGUAAAAUAAAAACUAUUAAACAACUUUUGGCAUUUUCUUUUUAUUCAUACUUCGAGCCCAAGCCCGUAUGCUCGCACCUCCCUUUUUACCCCGUCCAUAAGGUUCUGUACAACGUCAGGUUGUAGUUUUUUUUUGAACAGAAAUCCAUUUUCUCUUGAAGUCCGCCUCCGAUUUGACAACUUUUGGGUUCUUCCGGAGGGCCUGCUUCAUAAUCGCCCAAUAUUUCUCUAUUGGGCGAAGCUCCGGCGCGUUGGGCGGGUUCAUUUCCUUUGGCACGAAGGUGACCCCGUUGGCUUCGUACCACUCCAACAUGUCCUUUGAAUAGUGGCACGAAGCGAGAUCCGGCCAGAAGAUGGUCGGGCCCUCGUGCUGCUUCAAUAGUGGUAGUAAGCGCUUCUGUAGGCACUCCUUAAGGUAAACCUGCCCGUUUACCGUGCCGGUCAUCACGAAGGGGGCGCUCCGCUUUCCGCAAGAGCAGAUCGCUUGCCACACCAUGUACUUUUUGGCAAACUUGGAUAGUUUCUGCUUGCGAAUCUCCUCCGGAACGCUGAAUUUGUCCUCUGCGGAGAAGAACAACAGGCCCGGCAGCUGACGAAAGUCCGCUUUGACGUAGGUUUCCGUCGUCCAUUACCAGGCAAUGCGGCUUCGUCAGCAUUUCGGUGUACAGCUUCCGGGCUCGCGUCUUCCCCACCAUGUUUUGCCUUUCGUCGCGGUUAGGAGCCUUCUGAACCUUGUAUGUACGCAGGCCCUCCCGCUGCUUGGUCCGCUGGACGAAUGAACUUGACAAAUUCAGCUUAUUGGCGACAUCCCGGACCGAACUUCUCGGAUCACGUCUAAACUGCUUAACUACGCGCUUGUGACCUUUUUCACUGACGUAGCAUCCAUUUUUGCCGUUCUUCACCUUCCGGUCGAUGGUUAGGUUCUCGAAGUAUCGUUUUAGUACUCUGCUGACCGUGGAUUGGACGAUUCCCAGCAUCUUACCGAUGUCCCGAUGUGACAACUCCGGAUUCUCGAAAUGAGUGCGCAGGAUUAAUUCACGACGCUCUUUUUCGUUCGACGACAUUUUUCCAAAUUUACGAAAAAUUGACAGUGAAGCAUGGCCAACGUGAUCUAUACACUCUUAUCUGAUUAUAAGCGAAAGCUGAAGAUAUAAUUCCUAAAAAUUAAAUUUCUACAGCGUUUUUUCCGUGAUGCAAUUUGAUAUGACACACCCUUUAAGUGCUACGCCUCUUAAAAUCUAAUAAAAAGAAACCAACCAAAAAUUACAUACACCAAUUUCGCAUUUUUUUAUAGGACAUACUAUUGUAUACUAUCAAUUGGGCAUCGACACUGUUCAUUUGAGCAUACUUAAAAUUUAUUUUGCAAAGAAUGUAUAUCGAUCAGACGUAUUAUCGUUAAUAAGCUUCCUACACUUCUACGAAAAUGCACCACCGGUGACAUAGAUUCUUUCUCUCGUAUUUCAUUGUCUUAUAUAAGAUACUUCGAAAAUCAUUGUCUUCGUAGGGGACCGAACAAUCGAUCUCAAUAAAACUAACAAAAUGAAAAAGUAACGUUGCGUUCAGAUUCGUUUUUUUUUUAAAUUAUACAAAAUUUAGCCGCAAAUAUGUCACUAGAUAAAUUUUUUUAAAAGAAAAUGUUUAAAGGAGUUGUCAAGAAUAUUUUUGGUUUGGUAAACCGUGCGAUUCUCACCUUGAUAAAUGUACCUUGAUAAUGCCCAAUGUUGUAUAUUACAAACGAAGUCGAAUAUGUCGUGUGUCGAAUCGUAGAAAAUUUCAAAUGAGAUUUACGGUAAAUCGACUCGAAAAUAUUCUAGGCAAAAUUUCACCUCAAUCGAACUUCUUUUAUUAGUGUCACAUAUAGACGCCAAAGUUUGAGUUUUGUGAUUUUCAGUUUUGUUCUAUCCGCAGUUGCUAAUCUCUAGCCAAAUCAAGAGCUUUGCGGUAAACUUAUAAGCGAAAACGAGCUUAAAUUUGGUAGGAAUAUGUCCUCUGGCAUUGGCCUUUUAGAAUUUCAGGCCUGGAAGCUGUUCAAAAUCCAUCUUCAUGAACGUUUCGUUAUCCAUCAGCAGGCAUCCUUCGUAUUUCGUAAACCUUGUUAUACAACUUUCCCCCAGAUUUUGCUUCAACGUCCUGUUUAGUUACUUGCAGGCACGGAAACUACGACAAUAUUCUCGCAUACGGAUUCACUCGGUGGUACUUUGGUUAAAAUUGUGUUUUUUGGCGGUGUCGUAGUCCGAGUAGUUCUCAAUACCUUCAAUCUUAGGUUUCGAUCGUAAAUUCCACUACGAUGCGUUCUCUGAUCCAUCCGAACAACAGUUGUGCAUUCACGGAAACGUUUCAGCACAUCAUAUACGGUCGAUUCAGCCACUUUCAGCGAUUUCGCGAUUAUAGUGUCCGUUACGCCAGACCUGACGUCUGAUUUUUAAUGUGAGUGUCCAAAAUCGAAACACUUUUUCUCUCUCGGCUUUCAUCCAGCACAACUUUUUCAAAACAAAACACACAAGACACAAGUUUUCGCAAACAAUUUGCUGUUAAAAGAUUUAUUUCAGAUAGGCGUAUCCGCUGCUAUAAAAUGAACAGUGAUUUCGUAUUCUAAAUGUCCUACAAGCCUUAUUGUUCUUAGAAUUCAAACACCGAUUCCAUUGGAGACAGCCUCUAUAUCGCCAUUUGGACACUUUAAGUAAAAAACCGUUUCGGAUUUUUUUCGUAAGCAGUGUAGUGUUGUGAUCCAUGAAGAAGGUGCUGGCACUUCUUAGCACAGAAUAAGGCUGCAUAGGAACUUUCACACCAGCCUAAUUUUUCAUCAGAAAUUGUUAUCACACUAUCAAACUGCUUGGUUUAUACAUUAGGUGAAUUGAUUCAAUUUUUCCUCUGAACGACGAAUCACCCGCUCUUAGUAAUCACGGCACGCAUAACUUCUGUGGCCGCACCAGCAACAAUUAUGUAUUAUCCCCGCAUAAACGUUCCAGUGGUGGUGGAUUCGAAAAAUCGAAAAACAAAUCCUCUGCCGACAGAAAAAAACUUUCGGUUUCCAGCACGGCAAUUGCCAAAACGAGGCAGGGACAUGACAAAGGAUAACACUCAUAUCCUCCUCCUCGAUUCCACCCUCGUCUCUCACCGUAAAGCACAAAAACAAAACAAUUAAGUCUCGGAGAAAAUCCGCAAAGCUCAAUCAUAGCGAGAGCGCAAAGAAAACGAUAAUUAUUGCUGCGGGAAAAGGAAAAGUUUUCACUCCCCCCCAAAAUCCUGCCACUAUUAUUGUCACUGGCGGUCCAGUCCAUCUCUGGAGGUGGGGGCGGAAGCGAACAGUGGACUUGUCUUUUCUGCUGAUGACGCUGCUGCUGCGGUGCCGUCUUCCUUCCUUCGGCGGGCAUUGCAUUAGUAUUCCGAAGUUGUAAUUGUGCAACGAGUCGGAAGUCAACUGUUAAAAGUCGUUUGAAUUUUAAUUAACGAUUGCGGCGACUGAUUGCCGCCCCGAAAGUUAAAGAAGGGGUCUUCUUGCAGAAAUCAAAAUGCAUGUAUUGAUGUGACGAUUCCUCGCCAAAUGGGACACACCCGCGGUCAUUCUUCUUCUUCGCCGGCUGAGUUGGUUUGUAAAUGCACAGGGAGGGGGCUUAAUUCCCCGUCUCUUCUUUAAUCCGCGGAAUAAUUCGGAUGCCGGAAAAAUAGCAUAAAUACUGGAUUAAGGGCUGACCAGCUGGGAUGGGAUGCAGCACAGCGCAUUGUGUGCAGGAAGAUGUGCAGAUGCUGACUGUAUUCGCGCGGAAGAAGUUGUAAUCCUAAGCCUCGCUGUAUUUUGCUUACCCUAUUUUACGCCACCACAAAAGGACCACUCAGACAAAACUCAGUGAUAAUAGUUUCGAAUUGCGAGUGGCGCUUAACAUAUGCAUUGGGAGGAUUUGUCUCUUAUGCCGGGAAAGGACGAUUGCAUCUCAGGCAGUUUUAUGCUGUCGACCUAUGGAACGUUGUUACAGAUCACUUCAGCAUUGACUCCACGAGGUUUCGGCACAUGCUUCAUGGAUUUCGUUUGACAGUUUCUCUUCAUUUCCCAAGCUCAUAGGGUUCACGGACUUUUGAACGCCCUGCCACAGGUUGUCUAUCGGAUUUAGAUCAAGGAAUCGGGCUGGCCAUGGCAUAACAUCAUAUCAUCUCGGCAUGCUCUCCACCAAAUUCUUCAGAUGUUGCACGUUAAUCUCCUUCCAGGCUCUCGAUAUUGCUGGGAAGUACGUGUCCUUGUUCGUUUCGCCAGUUUGUGCAUCUUAUAGUCCAGGAUAGCCCACAGAUUCUCAAUAGGGAUCCAAUGUGGACUUUGAGCAGGCCAUUCCAGAGCUUUCAUCCGCUUAGACUUGAAAAAAGCCUUCGGUGUGUCAAUGUUUUGUUACAAAAUAUUGUGAAAUUUUCCAGUGGAUUUUUUCCAUGUCAUACGUGUAUGCAUAGAACAUGAAAAAUUGCAUAUAAAAUUGGAAUUAUUCAAUAUUGUUCAAUAACGUUAGAUAUGAACUUUCAUUUGAGAGGUUACCCUAAUUAUCAUCCAAAUAUUUAUAAUCAUUCAGCUAUGAAACAUUUUAUUAAUUCGAGUAGAUUUUUUCGUUGCGGGUCACUAUGGGUGGCAGGAUCAGGGAGUAUCAGGAAGGAUAUUGAAAACGAAAACUUGUUUGUAACGACAGUUUUGUCCACCUUGUUGUCCAAAAUCGUCCCUAAGUUCUCAAUAGGUCUCGGCUUUGGGGUUGCCACACUAUUGGUUUGGUCCAGGCCGAUCGGAAGAAUGCUGCUGUUUUUUUCGGGUCAUUAUCUUGCUGGAAGGUGUAGUUAUCCUCCAGCCCCAUUUGCAGCAUAGAUUCUUCCAUGUAACACAAAAUGUCGAUGUAACGAUCGGUAGUCAUAAUACCGUAAACUUGCGCUAAGUUUCCCACCCCAGCCCACGAGAAACAGCCCUACACCAUAAUGCUUCCACCACCGUGCUUUAUAGUCGGUUGUAGAUGCCAGUUCCGGAGGCUCUCGUCGUUCUUCCGCCACCCUCGGAGUCGCCAUUUCUUGUUAAACAGCUUGAACUUGGACUCGUCCGACCGAAUAACGCGCUUCCGGAACUCCAGCGGCUUGUUGGUGCGAUUGGAAAGGUCCAACCUUUCUUUAAUCGCCUAAAUGCUCGUUCGUGGGAUUUUCUAUACAUCCCGGUUGAUUAGCGUAUCCGUUUUUGCAUCAGUCUUACGUUUCGGUCCUCUGAGGCAUCCGAAUGAGUAGCAGGACUGCACCACGGCUCACCCCAUACUUCCCAGCAAUGUUUCGAUGGGACUCCUUACACUGGAAGUCACGCACAAUCAAAAUUCGAACCAGUGUUAAGAUUUGCUUUCCGCCCAUUUUCCGGUAGCUUCCUUAGCGUCAAAAACACGAUGCUACACACAAAGCUGCAAUUUGUCAUUGUAAUUGCAAAUAUUUGGGCUACUAUGACGACCAUUGUAACAUUACCACCAAACGACGUGCAACAAAAUAUAAACCGACAAAACAAAUUCCUCACUCUUCGAUACUAAAUAGUUUGUCAGAGUGUGUUGAAGACCAAAGCAUGUUGCAAGUCAGUGUCCUAUGAUCGUCAAGACGGGAAAUACUAUGUCAUUUGAUGUAAUGGAAAUUUACACGUAUACCAGGGUGCAUUUGUUUUCGUUGGGCUACCUGAAUACCAUUCUUAUACAAAAUGCUGAAACUUCGAGUACUAAAACUAAACGGACCUUCAAAUACGUGAAGUUCGAUCUCGGGCAGAAAUUUGAACGAAGAGAUAAAUUUCUUAAUUUUUUCAGCAUGUAGAUAUUUUUCAAGCAUUGGUCAAUUAUAUAUUCCGUUGCCUAAAUGAUUUGCUAUUGCUCACACGUUAUCGCGUGUUCGACAUAGUGUUUACUUCAGUAAAUACCGGAAACAACAACAAAACAAAUUUACACAAGUUUACUUUAACGUAGUAUUGACUGGAAAACCGAAAGGUUUGAAAAAACUUCUAAUAUCGGAAAACUUUGAUUUCAAAUGAGUGUGAUUUUUUUAGUACCCAUCACUGUAGUUAUGGCGCCUUCAAUUUUCCAGAAGAACAACUUCGCUUCAGUGGAGUUCCACCCUAAAAGUUCUGAAUCUGUUGGUGAUCCAUAAUUUGAGGUCGUCUAGUGGCGCUUCACGCUUCAGAAGAUGCUCAGGACUGGUUUGGUAGACGGGAUAGCGACAACUUCAAAGAUUCCGGCCGAGGAUGCCUGACGGAUGCCGGCGAGUUCUUUGCUGGAAAUUAGAGUCUUCUUGUGAGCGCUUACCUCGAAACCAACUCCUUGCAUCCCUUCGGAUUCGUCCGCGUAUCGAACCUCGUAGUUGCGGUAUUUCACUGAGACAAGUUCGACAAAGGAUAGAUAGCCAGGUGCGUUUCCUCAUCUUCGUUGGUUUAGGAGAGGAAGCUCGCAUCUGUGGAGACUAUUGCCGCGUCCACGAGGAUGUUAAAUGGAGAGAUUCAUCUCUGACCAGGCACGUCAAUUAGAGACCGAACGUGAGGCGGCUGUUGAACGGAUCUUUCGGUUAUUACUCCAGUGAGGUUUGUAACAACCGUUUUCAAAAAUAUAAAACCGAGUGGCACAGCACGUCCUCACAUCGUCGAAAUGGUUUUGGAAAUUCCGGUUGCAGUCGACCACCAUUCCCAGGAUUUUCAACGUUUUACAGCAGUGAAUGCGGUCAUGGUAAAUUUCGACUCCCGAAUCACAACUUGGUGUUCAUGACUUCAGUCCACUCUAUUGCGCUGGAAGUCAAAAGCCUCGUUCAACAGUCCAUUUAUCGCUUGCAUUGGUAAAUAUGUCUUCGUCAGAUUCAGGACUACUAUCUCCACGUGCUGUCGAUUAUUUCUAAAUUCAUAAAGGGUGUCCCACAUCAGCUUGCAUCAAGGAAAAAAACGCUAUAGAAAAUUACCUAGUUGACCGAUCCUUUUCAAACUUUCAGAAAAUAAUAUAUAAUCCAUUAGUAAGCUUUUGACAUAUUUAUUACACUCAACUUCAAUACUUUAAUACCAGUACCAAUACCAAUCAUAAGAUUUUGUACAAUAUCUGGCUGCAGCUUCUUCUGUACGUAAACCCACUUUUUCUUCAGGUCUUCCCCAGUUUUGACGACCUAAGGAUGAUUCCGUAGUGCCUGCUUCAUAAUAGCCCAGUAUUUUUCGAUGGGCCUUAGCUUCGAAGCGUUGGGGGGGAGAAGGGUUUCAUGUCCUUGGGUACCAAAGUGACCCCGUUGACUUCGUACCACUCCACGAUAUUCUUUGAAUAGUGGCUCGAGGCUAGAUCGUUUUGCUUCACCAGAGGAAGUAGACGCUCCUGUAGAUACUCCUUGAGGUUAAUUUGCACGUUUACAGUCCCGGUAGUCACGAACGGCGCAUUCCGUUUGCCACAUGAGCAGAUUGCUUGCCAAAUCAUGUAUUUUGGCAAAGUUGGAAAGUUUCUGCUUCAAACAUCAAACGUGUGCUGGGCGGUGAAAAACAGUAACCCUGGAAGCUGGCGGAAGUCCGCCUUGACGUAAGUCUCAACAUCCAUGAUGAGACGAUGAGGCUUCGUCAGCAUCUGGGUGCACAGUUUCCGGCCGUUUCGGAGCAUUCUGCACUUUGUACGUGUGUAGUCCCUCCCGGCCCUUGACGCUCUGAACGAAAGACUUGGACAGAUUCAACCAUUUGGCCACCUCCCUGACCGAAGCAUUGGAAUUCCACGUAAACGCUUU